CUUUUUUUUAAAAAAAGUAUAUAAAUCCUGUUAAUUUAUUUUGAACAGAAUUAUGCUCCGCCGGAAACUCCAGAAGAAGUUUCCCGAUUACUUGGAGAUUUUAUGUAUUAUUUUUUUGGGUUUUUGCCUGAAGGGCUCCGCCGCUGAUUCUCUCCUACCGGCAAAUGAAAAGAUUCCGGCGCUCAUCGUGUUCGGAGAUUCAAUCAUGGAUCCAGGAAAUAAUAACUACAUCAAAACGUUGGUUAAAUGCGAUUUUCCACCUUAUGGACGGGACUUCAACGGCGGAUCGCCGACCGGCAGGUUUAGCAACGGCAAAAUUCCUUCCGAUUUUAUAGCGGAAGAGUUGGGUGUGAAGGAGCUGUUGCCGGCGUAUCUUGAUCCGAGUUUGACGACGGAGGAGCUUCUCACCGGCGUUAGUUUUGCGUCCGGAGCUUCGGGAUAUGACCCUCUCACGGCAAAGAUAACGUCGGUCUUGUCGCUAAACGAUCAACUGGAGAUGUUCAAAGAAUACAUAAAGAAGAUAAAAUCCGCCGUCGGAGAAGAAAGAGCGGCCCCCAUCCUGUCCAAAAGCGUAAUCAUAGUAUGCUCCGGCAGCGACGACAUCGCCAACACCUACUUCAUCACUCCGUUCCGGCGACUCCAUUACGACGUCGCGGCGUACACCGAUCUGAUGCUCGGAUCGGCUUCCGGUUUCUUGCAGCAGCUAUACGCGCUCGGAGGAAGACGGAUCGGAGUCCUCAGUUUGCCGGCGAUCGGUUGCGUUCCGUCACAGAGAACCCUAGGCGGCGGCGUUGCUCGAGGCUGCUCUGAGGCCGCCAACAAAGCGGCACUGGUUUUCAAUUCGAAGCUAUCUUCGUUGAUAACGUCGAUGGGAAAUAAGUAUUCAGAUGCUAAAUUUGUUUAUCUCGACAUCUACAAUCCGUUACUUGCGCUCAUUCAAAAACCUGACCAAUAUGGUUUUGAGGAAGUGGAAAAAGGGUGCUGUGGCACAGGAAAUAUAGAGGUCAGCAUUCUGUGUAACCCUUUGACAAAAUUAAACAGCUGCCCCGACGCCGAUAAUUACAUCUUCUGGGAUAGUUACCACCCUUCCCAAAAGACCUACAAAAUUCUCACCACUCACAUUUUAAACACUGUUCGCUAAUUAUUUUGACCCAUAAAUUAUUCAAUAAUAUAUACUUCUAUUUUGAUAUCGAUCUGUCACAUGAUUAAUUUUUUUAAAUUUAUCUUGUAUAAUUUUUAAAUUUUCUCCUUGUAUUAGUGUAUCUACUGUAAACUUUACUUUUGACAUUUUCUCCAAUUCUGAUGGUAAAGAAAUAAAAAGGAAAUUAUUGUUACCACA